GGACAAAGCUGGAGGGUGCUACAAUAGAAGGCGCUAAUGUCGCCAGGUGUACGCAGACUAGACACGCCAACGUUUCCACAUAAAAAUGUGCUAAUUUAUGAGAAAUAUGAAAAGUGACUCCUAUCUGUUCUAUUAUUCAUAAUAAAAAAACUUGUGAAGAAAGGGCGAUCAUCAAUGCUAUUUUUGUAACAUUAGGAGCCUGCUCGCAGUCUGCUCGAGUCUAAGCAGCAGCUACACACGUUUAGUGUCGUUGGCAGCAAUCCGAAUUUUAGUUCCUGUAAGAAGGUGCUGCAGGAGAGCGCGCCUGUGUAAUGGUCCACCCCGUUAAAUGGGAGUUGAAGGGCCCUGAUUUCUACGCUCUCUGGUGCCAGUGUCGGCGGACAUUGAAACGAUUGAAACAAAAUUGUACGAUGAAAAUGACUGGACUUAUUAAUUAUAUAUUUAAAUUGUUAUUUCUUCUUUAUGCUGGAAGUGCAGUGUCGAUUACACCUGUUGUAUUAUGGCAUGGGAUGGGUGACAGUUGCUGCAAUCCUCUUAGCUUAGGUACAAUUAAAACAAUUAUAGAUAGGACAUUUCCAGGAAUAUAUGUAAAAUCUUUAAAAAUUGGAUCAACGAUUAUUGAGGAUAUGGAAAACGGAUUUUUUCUGAACGUGAACCACCAGGUUGACUUAGUAUGUAAUCAACUUGCUGCUGAUCCAGAGUUGAAGGAUGGAUAUAACGCCAUUGGUUUCUCUCAGGGUGGCCAGUUUCUGCGAGCUGUUGCUCAGCGUUGUCCUUCACCUCGGAUGUUGAAUCUUAUUUCAAUAGGAGGACAACAUCAAGGUGUAUAUGGCCUUCCUGAUUGCAGUUACAUUAAGCAUCCCCUCUGCAAUUAUAUUAGAAAAUUAUUAAAUUAUGGAGCAUAUGUUGGUUGGGUUCAGAAUACAUUAGUCCAAGCUGAAUAUUGGCAUGAUCCUUUAGAUGAAGAGAAAUAUCGAAGUUCAAGUAUAUUUCUUGCAGAUAUUAAUAAUGAAAGAAAUAUGAAUCAAACAUAUGUUCAAAAUCUUCUAAAACUGAAUAAUUUAGUGCUUGUUAUGUUUAAUAAUGAUACAAUUGUUCAGCCUAAAGAAACUGAGUGGUUUGGGUUCUUUGAACCAGGCCAAGAUAAAAAACUAUACAGGAUGCAAGAUAGUGUGUUAUACAAAGAGGAUCGAAUUGGAUUGAGAAAGUUGGAUCAGCAAGGCCGAUUGAAGUUAUUGGCAGUGGAUGGAAAUCAUUUGCAGUUCAGUGAAGAAUGGUUUGUUAAUGAAAUUCUUCACAAAUUUUGUGGUUCAUAAUCACAUAUCUUAGAGUGCAAAUAAGGUAUUCUGACAAUUUUCAUGUGUUGGAAUAAGAUAGUUAACUAAGUACAUUUUAUUUUGGGAAUAAUGUAAUUAUUUUUCAGAAUGAUUUUUAUUAAUAAUAAAAAGAUAAUAUUCAUAAGAUAUUGGAAAGACAAAUAUGUUUGUUGUAAUUGCACAGCUGUUACAGUAAAUUACAGAUUAUAUCCUUAAAAGGAAACAAAAAUUCUUAAAUUUAUUUUUACAUCAUAUUUCACAUAGUUUUGUUUCUGACACAAAUUGAAGAUUGAGAAAUACAAAACAAAAUGUUUUAAUUGAGGUGCUAUUUACCAUGACAAGUUUAUGAAUACAAUAAUAAUGUAUUUAUAAAGAUAAUACCAUCCCUCCAAUUCAUGAUACAUAUUCCAGUAGUUGCUUCAAUUAAUAAUAAUAAUAAUAAUAAUAAUAAUAAUAAUAAUAAUAAUAAUAAUAAUAAUA